AUGAUGGAGAUCGGGAAAAACAGAGGACGAUGUUGGGACGAGAUGGACGUGGGGUCAGGUCGUCAUGACGAUAUUAAAGACCAGGACUACAGACUCAGACUACAGACCAGGACUACAGACCAGGACUACAGACCAGGACUACAGACUCAGACUACAGACCAGGACUACAGACCAGGACUACAGACGAGGACUACAGACCAGGGCUACAGACCAGGACUACAGACUCAGACUACAGACUCAGACUACAGACCAGGACUACAAACCAGGACUACAGACUCAGACUACAGACCAGGGCUACAGACCAGGACUACAGACCAGGACUACAGACUCAGACUACGGACCAGGACUACAGACUCAGACUACAGACCAGGACUACAGACCAGUAACACAGACUCAGACUACAGACUCAGACUACAGACCAGGACUACAGACGAGGAGACGUUUGGGAGACGUUUGGGAGACGUUAGGGAGACGUUUGGGAGACGUUUGGGAGACGUUAGGGAGACGUUAGGGAGACGUUUGGGAGACGUUAGGGAGACGUUUGGGAGACGUUUGGGAGACGUUUGGGAGACGUUUGGGAGACGUUUGGGAGACGUUUGGGAGACGUUAGGGAGACGUUAG